AUGCUGGACUGUCCGGAGAGUGGGGCCAAAGGAGCCCCCAUCCACACGAAGAUCUCCUUCUCCAUCCUGGACAUCCUGGAUCCUCAGAAAUUUACCAGGAAGAGCAACCCAGCAGCAGGGAGAAGGGAGAGCAUCCCCCACGCGGGGCAGCGGGAGAAAAGUUUGGGGAGAGUUGACGUGGAAAGGCACCCGAGCAGCAGGAGGAAUAAACUAGAGGCAUAUCAUGGUAGGCGGCGCGUUCUGCUUUUAUCUGAUCCACGCGGUUUAGCUGGGUUUCAGGAAAAGUUCCGAGCUGGCUCAUUUCUGGAAAGCAGCAAACGAUGCUUCCAGGUGUCUUUCUUAGCAUAACUUCCAGAGGGGGUAGUGGAGGGGGGAAAGAAAAAGGCUUGUGUGACCCAUUAAAAGUUUUAAUAGAUUAUAGUGUUUUACUGGGAUUCACCAUCCCAUGCAUAUAUGGUCCCCCUAUAGAUCUGUGGCUAUGGAACCGCAGGGGAGCGUGUGAGACUAUCCCAGGAUUACUGCUGCGCUUCUUGAUGGGACACCAAGCGUGGGAACGAUGCGCAGCAACGGUUAACUUUGUAGUUUGUGGGUCGCAGCGGGGCUUGGCUUGAAUUCAGUUUCACAGAGUGGUAGAGUUGGAAGGGACCCCAAGGGUCAUCUAGUCCAACCCCCCGUUUGUUGGCUGAGAGCGCAGAAAGGCUGAUUUUCCUUGAUUUAACUGAUUUAACGCCUGGGGGCGGAGGCUGCUUAACAUAACUUUAAAACAAACUCUUAACCUUAAGAGGUGCAGGCAAGGCGGAAAUUCAACCGGUGAAGCUCCUGCAGUGAUGGCAAGCUGAAUCUCCGCCCCCCACCUGUACCUGUUAAAGACGCAGGACUUGCCAUGAAUUAAAAUACCGAUAAUGUUGUGGAUGAUGGAUGACGGAUCCCCAGCGUCUGGUGAAGGAAGUCACCUUUUGCUUUUCAUUUCUGUGUACGUGUGAAUCCUCCUCGCAUUCAAGACAGGGUCCGCGGCGGAGCUAAACGCCUGGAUUGGGCUAUUAUUACGGACGAGGUGCAUCCUCACUCCCCUCUCUCACUUCCUCUCGGGGCCGCGGAAGGUCGCAGCUUCCCAGGCCCCGCGGCCCGGCUGCGUUUCCCCUUUAAGAAGCGGCGGAAGGGGACACGGCGAGCGCAGCGCGGUCCCCCUGGCGGAGUCCCGGCGGAGUUCGCCGCGCCCCCAGCCGGGUCUGCGCGGGAAGCUGCAGCCCGGCGCGAUUGUUUUCGGCUCAGCCUGGCCGGAUGGCAGCCUGAUUGGCAGAGGGACGCGCCGGGCGAAGGACAAGCGAGAUAAUUGUUCCUGUGGCCUCCCCCACCAGAGGAUGCCUUCGCUCCCCCUUGAUCGAUAUCCUAUUACCGACUCCCGCGUAUCUCCUUCCCACAGCUUGCCGGUACCAACUUCAAACCCCUUCCCCCCCGUCUGAUCCUAAUAUUGUUCGAUUAAAACUUACCUUUAAUAGAUGACAUCUAUCGAUCCGCCCCUUCACAAAUCUGAAACUCUAUUAGUGCGGCCGGGGAAAAAGAAGAUGGAAAAGAACGGGAAGGAGGGCGGGGUGGGGGGUGGCGAGAAGGUGGAGGAUUUACUUCUCUUUUUAAAAAAAACACAAAAAAAGUUUUCUUAACUUUCCCCCCCUUCUUAAGAAUAUCUGUAUCUCCUGCCAGUUUCCCAUAAUUAGUUCCCCAGUUCUGAGAUGAUAAUUCUGGUGGAAGGGGCUGCUUAAGAAAUGGCAAGUUUGGAUGGGGCGGUAAAGCAGACACGCGACAUUCAUUCAUGAUUCACGUUAUGUACAGUCUUGCGUGUUGUCUUAUCGGCCCGUCCAUUUAUUUAUUGCAUUUAUAUGCCAGCUCGAGGUACAUAGUUCUUCCUCCAUCCUUCUCUUGAUUUAAUCCCCACAACAACCCUGUGAGGUAGGUUAGACUGAGUCAGUGACUGGCCCACGUAGACCCAGUGAGCUUUAUUGCUGAACCUGGUCCCCCGUAGUUCCUUAAGCGUUGCACUGCACUGGCGCCCAUCAAAGCUCUUGUCUUAUUGGGCAGAAGCCCCCUUAGGUACACACCAAAAAGAGCAGUUUCCCCCACCCUCCAUAUCAUAUUGAAAGACAGUCCCACGGCAGGUGGUGUACUUUCCUUCCUUGGAGGUUUUUAAGCAGAGGAUGGAUGGCCAUCUGUCAUGAUGCUUUAGUUGAGACUCCUCCAUCGCAGGGGGUUGGGCUAGCCUAGAUGACCUCCGAAGUCCCUUCCACCACUAUGAUUCUAUGAAACACCUUUAUUGAAACUGGAAGUUCUAGGCUCAGGCAUGCCUGGAACUGAAAACAAGGUCCCUGCAGAGGAGGCAUCAGAAGCCGGACGGGGAGAUACCGAGAGGAUCGCAGAAGGGACAAAAUGAAUCUCUGCUGUGGGGAGGGGGACGGACGGACAUGUUUAGAUCCCUGAAAGAAAAACAAGUUCAUUUUAACGCUCACAUCGUAAACACGCUUUCUCUGAAGUCCGACUGAUUUCGAGGGGGUUAACUUCCAGGAAAGCAUAUUUGGAACCCAGAUCCUCUUUUACUGAACCAUUUGUGGUUCAGUUACUGACUUGAAUGUGGAAAGUAACUUUCUUUCAAGGGUCCAGCAACGGGGAUGCGCCGUAUUUAGCAAUUUCCCCCACAUCCCUGGCACCCUGUACGUCCCGAUAUGGGACACUGGCAACUUCUCGGGGGGAAGGCACUCUGCGUAAGCUCAACGGCAGUGAUUAAAAAGUCAGCAUUGCUUUUUUGACUUUAUGCGCACCAUUUCUUUUUAAGGCGCCGCGCAUGUUUCCAGGGCUAAGACCCUCCGAACCGUGUGUGUGUGUGUGUGUGUGUGUGUGUGUGUGUGUGUGUCCGUGUGUCCGUGUGUGUGUGUCCGUGUGUGUGUGUCCGUCAAUGUGAUGCAGCUGAACUGAAUGCAGUGUCCGCUCCAUCGGGCGGCUCACUAGGCCAUGUGCGCAAUUACGCGGAGAUUGCGAUGCAGAUCCGGGCGGAGAGGACCCGCUUCCGGGCAGGGAAGCGGCCCUUAGGCGGGUCGGCAAAGGCCCCUGGCCUCAUUCUGUCCUUGUGUGUCUCCCCAGAUGGCAGCAGCAGCGGAGAGAGCGAAGCGGCCGCCCUGGAGGCAUCGGAGCACGAGGAGCCGGGCCCCGCGCCGCUCCCCUCGCCCGACUUCCCUCCCUCCUCGUCCUCGGACCUGGACGAUCCCGGCUCGUCUCCGCCGCCGCCGUCGUCCAAGAGGCGCCGAGCGGAGCCCAGCUGCGCCAAGCCUCGCCGGGCCCGGACGGCCUUCACUUACGAGCAGCUGGUGGCUCUGGAGAACAAGUUCCGAGCCACGCGGUACCUGUCGGUGUGCGAGCGCCUCAACCUGGCCCUGUCGCUCAGCCUGACCGAGACGCAGGUCAAAAUCUGGUUCCAGAACCGAAGGACCAAAUGGAAGAAACAGAACUCCGGAGGCGACGGCGCGGCGCAGCCGGGGAACAGCGCAUUGCCCGCCGGAGGAGAUGGCAGCCCCAGUCCGCCAGGCCCCAGCAGCCUGGCCUACCAGACUUUCCCCUCGUACGCCUCGGCCAACGUCCUCUUCCCCGGGGCAGCGCCCCUUCCCCUGGCUGCAGGAGGGGGACCCUUUCCCUCCUUUUUUAGCCCCACUUACCUGGCCCCCUUUUAUACCCCUCACCUAUAA